AUGUCGGAGUCUGAGGAGAACGGAGAGGGCUCCCCCAAGGGGCUCCCGUCCUUCGCCGAGGCCAUGGGGCAGCCCCUGGGGUGGCCGGUAGCCGAAAGCAACGGGGGGCCAGCGGAAGGGGGAACCCCCCCGGGCCACCGGCACCGCCGCCCCCCCCACACCAAGCACAAGGGGCAAGGUUCUGGGGGGGUCCACCGCUCCCCCCGCGCCCUCUUCUGCCUCCGCCUCAACAACCCCAUCCGCCGGGCGGCCAUCAGCAUCGUCGAGUGGAAGCCCUUCGACAUCCUCAUCCUCGCCACCAUCUUCGCCAACUGCGUGGCCCUGGGGGUCUACAUCCCCUUCCCCGAGGACGACUCCAACGCCGCCAACCACAACCUGGAGCAGGUGGAGUACGUCUUCCUCAUCAUCUUCACGGUGGAGACCUUCCUGAAGAUCAUCGCCUACGGGCUGGUGCUGCACCCCAGCGCCUACAUCCGCAACGGCUGGAACCUGCUCGACUUCGUCAUCGUCAUCGUGGGGCUUUUCAGCGUCGUCCUGGAGCAGGUGUCCCACAAGCCCGGCGAGGCGCACCACAUGAGCGGCAAGCCGGGCGGCUUCGACGUCAAAGCCCUGCGCGCCUUCCGCGUCCUGCGGCCCCUCCGCCUCGUCUCCGGCGUCCCCAGCCUCCACAUCGUCCUCAACUCCAUCAUGAAGGCCAUGGUGCCGCUGCUGCACAUCGCCCUCCUCGUCCUCUUCGUCAUCAUCAUCUACGCCAUCAUCGGCCUCGAGCUCUUCAUCGGCCGCAUGCACAAGACCUGCUUCUUCGUCGGAUCCGACCUGGAGUCGGAGGACGACCCCUCGCCCUGCGCCUUCUCGGGGCACGGCCGCGCCUGCCUGCAGAACAACACCGAGUGCCGGGGCCGCUGGGAGGGCCCCAACGGAGGCAUCACCAACUUCGACAACUUCUUCUUCGCCAUGCUCACCGUCUUCCAGUGCAUCACCAUGGAGGGCUGGACCGACGUCCUUUAUUGGAUGCAGGACGCCAUGGGCCACGAGCUGCCCUGGAUUUACUUCGUCAGCCUCGUCAUCUUCGGCUCCUUCUUCGUCCUCAACUUGGUCCUGGGGGUGCUGAGCGGGGAGUUCUCCAAGGAGCGUGAGAAGGCGAAAGCCCGCGGAGACUUCCAGAAGCUGCGGGAGAAGCAGCAGCUGGAGGAGGACCUGCGGGGCUACAUGGACUGGAUCACCCAGGCCGAGGACCUCGAGGGGGACGAGGACGAGCACGAGAAGCACCGUCUGACCACCGAGGAGCUGAUGGGGAAGCGGAAGCCUCGCCUCAAGUGGCUGCGGCACGCCAGCCACUCCACCGACACCCACGCCAGCCUCCCCGGCAGCGAGACGACGUCGGUCAACACCGAGACGGCCGGCGAGGAGGAGGCGCAGCCGAACGCCUGCGACCGCUGCCUGGGCAAAAUUACCAAGACAAAAUCCUGGCGUCGCCUGCGCCGCCUGAACCGCGUGCUGCGCCGGCGCUGCCGCGGGGCGGUGAAGUCGGUGUCCUUCUACUGGACGGUGCUGCUGCUCGUCUUCCUCAACACCCUCACCAUCGCCUCCGAGCACCACGGGCAGCCCCCUUGGCUCACCGAGACGCAAGCCUACGCCAACAAGGCGCUGCUCUCGCUGUUCGCCGCCGAGAUGGUGCUGAAGCUCUACGCCCUGGGGCCCUCGUGCUACUUCGCCAGCUUCUUCAACCGCUUCGACUGCUUCGUGGUGUGCGGCGGCGUGCUGGAGACGGCGCUGGUGGAGCGCGGCGCCAUGGAGCCCCUGGGCAUCUCCGUCCUGCGCUGCGUGCGCCUGCUGCGCGUCUUCAAGGUCACCAGGCACUGGGCGUCGCUGAGCAACCUGGUGGGCUCCCUGCUGAACUCGAUGAAGUCCAUCGCCUCCCUGCUGCUGCUGCUCUUCCUCUUCAUCAUCAUCUUCGCCCUGCUGGGCAUGCAGCUCUUCGGCGGCCGCUUCAGCUUCGACGAGACCCAGACCAAGCGCAGCACCUUCGACACCUUCCCCCAGGCCCUGCUCACCGUCUUCCAGAUCCUGACGGGGGAGGACUGGAACGCGGUGAUGUACGACGGGAUCAUGGCUUACGGCGGCCCCGUCUUCCCCGGGAUGCUCGUCUGCAUCUACUUCGUCAUCCUCUUCAUCUGCGGGAACUACAUCCUCCUCAACGUCUUCCUGGCCAUCGCGGUCGAUAACCUGGCGGACGGCGACAACAUCAACUCGGGGGCCGAGGGCAAGAAGGACAAGGCCGGGGAGGCGGAGGCCAUCGCGGGGAGCCAGGAUGUGAGCGUGAAGGUUGAAGGGGAGCAGCAGGAGGAGGAGGAGGAAGAGGAGGGGAGCGAGGAAGGCGACGAGGAGGCCAGGGGGGAGCGGGACAGCCUGGGGGGGGCGCGGCUGGAGAGCCUGGAGGAGCCCCCCAAGAACAAGGUGGCGCCGAUCCCCGAGGGCAGCGCCUUCUUCCUGCUGGGCCGCACCAACCCGUUGCGGGUGCGGUGCCACGCCCUCAUCCACCACCACGUCUUCACCAACCUCAUCCUCGUCUUCAUCAUCCUCAGCAGCGUCUCGCUGGCCGCCGAGGACCCCGUGCGCGCCCACUCGCCCCGCAACCACAUCCUGGGCUACUUCGACUACGCCUUCACCUCCAUCUUCACCGUGGAGAUCCUCCUCAAGAUGACGGCCUUCGGCGCCUUCCUGCACAAAGGCUCCUUCUGCCGCAACUGGUUCAACCUCCUCGACCUGCUGGUGGUCGGCGUCUCCCUCGUCUCUUUCGGCAUCCACUCCAGCGCCAUCUCGGUGGUGAAGAUCCUGCGCGUGCUGCGCGUCCUGCGGCCCCUGCGAGCCAUCAACCGCGCCAAGGGCCUCAAGCACGUGGUGCAGUGCGUCUUCGUGGCCAUCCGCACCAUCGGCAACAUCAUGAUCGUCACCACGCUGCUGCAGUUCAUGUUCGCCUGCAUCGGGGUGCAGCUCUUCAAGGGGAAGUUCUACAGCUGCACCGACGAGGCCAAGCACACGCCUGGGGAGUGCAAGGGCACCUUCCUGGUGUACAAGGACGGGGACGUGUCGCACCCCUCGGUGCGGGAGCGCCUGUGGCACAACAGCGACUUCAACUUCGACAACGUGCUGGCGGGGAUGAUGGCGCUCUUCACCGUCUCCACCUUCGAGGGGUGGCCCGCGCUGCUGUACAAGGCCAUCGACGCCAACGCGGAGGACCAGGGCCCCAUCUACAACUACCGGGUGGAGAUCUCCAUCUUCUUCAUCGUCUACAUCAUCGUCAUCGCCUUCUUCAUGAUGAACAUCUUCGUCGGCUUCGUCAUCAUCACCUUCCGCGCCCAGGGCGAGAGCGAGUACCGCAACUGCGAGCUGGACAAGAACCAGCGGCAGUGCGUGGAGUACGCGCUGAAGGCGCAGCCGCUGCGGCGCUACAUCCCCAAGAACCGCAGCCAGUACCGCGUCUGGGCCAUGGUCAACUCCACCGCCUUCGAGUACAUCAUGUUCGUCCUCAUCCUCCUCAACACCAUCGCCCUGGCCGUGCAGCACUACGAGCAGUCAAAGCCGUUCAACUACGUGAUGGACCUGCUCAACAUGGUGUUCACCGGGCUCUUCACCGUCGAGAUGCUGCUCAAGAUCAUCGCCUUCAAGCCCCGGGUAGGCUCAUGGGGGGGGGGUACAACAAAUUUGGGGGGGGGGGGUCUCAUGGUGAGGGGGGGGGCGGUUUUGGGGUCCCCCCCCCCACUCACCUUCCCCUCCCCCCAGCACUAUUUCUGCGACGCUUGGAAUACCUUCGACGCCCUCAUCGUGGUGGGCAGCGUGGUGGACAUUGCGGUCACCGAGGUCAACAGCUCGGAGGACAGCUCCCGCAUCUCCAUCACCUUCUUCCGCCUCUUCCGCGUCAUGCGCCUGGUGAAGCUGCUGUCCAAGGGCGAGGGCAUCCGCACGCUGCUCUGGACCUUCGUCAAAUCCUUCCAGGCGCUGCCCUACGUCGCCCUGCUCAUCGCCAUGAUCUUCUUCAUCUACGCCGUCAUCGGCAUGCAGACCUUCGGGAAGGUGGCGCUGCAGGACGGGACCCAGAUCAACCGCAACAACAACUUCCAGACCUUCCCCCAGGCCGUGCUGCUGCUCUUCAGGUGCGCCACGGGGGAGGCGUGGCAGGAGAUCAUGCUGGCCAGCCUGCCCGGCAAGCGCUGCGACCCCGAGUCGGACGCGGGGCCCGGCGAGGAGUUCACCUGCGGCAGCAACUUCGCCAUCGUCUACUUCAUCAGCUUCUUCAUGCUCUGCGCCUUCCUGAUCAUCAACCUCUUCGUGGCGGUCAUCAUGGACAACUUCGACUACCUGACGCGCGACUGGUCCAUCCUCGGCCCCCACCACCUCGACGAGUUCAAGCGCAUCUGGUCCGAGUACGACCCCGCCGCCAGGGGUCGCAUCAAGCACCUGGACGUGGUGACGCUGCUGCGCCGGAUCCAGCCCCCGCUGGGCUUCGGGAAGCUCUGCCCCCACCGCGUGGCCUGCAAGCGCCUGGUGGCCAUGAACAUGCCCCUCAACUCGGACGGCACCGUGACCUUCAACGCCACCCUCUUCGCCCUCGUCCGCACCUCCCUCAAGAUCAAGACGGAAGGGAACCUGGACGUGGCCAACAAGGAGCUGCGGGCCGUCAUCAAGAAGAUCUGGAAGAGGACUAAGCCCAAGCUGCUGGACGAGGUCAUCCCCCCGCCGGAGGAGGAGGAGGUGACCGUGGGGAAGUUCUACGCCACCUUCCUGAUCCAGGACUACUUCCGCAAGUUCCGGCGGCGGAAGGAGCGGGGGAUGCUCGGCCCCAGUGCCGGCCCCAGCAACGAGCGCGCCCUGCAGGCCGGGCUGCAGACCCUGCAGGCGCUGGGCCCCGAGAUGCGGCGGGCGCUGAGCUGCGACCUGGAGGGGGACGAGGGCCCCGAGGGCCCCGCGGGCACCGAGGAGGAGCAGCUGACCUACGCCCCCCCUGAGACCCUGUAUGGCUCCGCCCCCAGCCCCCCCGGGCUGGCGGAGUCCCCGAAGGCCACGAGCCCCGUCCCCACCGGGGGGGAGGACCCCGCGCCCCUGCCCCACCUCGUCACCCACCGCCAUGGCGGCAGGCGGCGCUCGGAUGGGGAUCCCGGCCCCCACCCCGCUGUUGGGGGGCAGGAGGAGCCGGCGCCCCUCGAGGACGGGGAGGAGCCGGAGGACGGCGGCCGCGAGGAUGACACCGAGGGCCCGGCCGCCUGCCACCGCUGGGCUGGGGACAGGCGGCUGGGACCUUCGGCCGUCCCCAACUGGGCCGGGGGGGCCUCGCGGGGGGGCUCGCUGCCGCUGCCCCCCCGCCACUUCGCCCUGCACAACGGGGCGCUGGAGGGGCAGCAGCUCAAGAGGCGCCGGCUCCUGCCCCCCACCCCCGCAGGCCGGAAGCCAUCCUUCACCAUCCAGUGCCUGCGGCGCCAGGGGAGCUGCGAGGACGAGCCCAUCCCCGGCACCUACAACCCCUCGGGCCCCCCCGGCCCCGCGAGGCCCCAGGGCUACGGCAGCUCCGAAACCUGGCGCCUGGGGGGCUCCUCGCACGCCUGGGCCGCCGCCGCCCCCCGCGGCCACGUCCUCUACGCCCCCCUCAUCCUCGUGGAAGGGGGGGCGGCGGGGGGGGGCCGGCGGCAGCCUCUCCCCGCUCCCCGCUGGAUUUUAGGGGAACGCGGCCCCCAGGGCCCCCUCCGCUUGCCGCUGGGCCGCGGCUCCGCCGACAGCCUCGUGGAGGCCGUACUCAUCUCGGAGGGGUUGGGGCUGUUCGCCCGCGACCCCAAAUUCGUGGCGGUGGCCAAGCGGGAGAUCGCCGACGCCUGCGAGCUGACGAUGGACGAGAUGGAGAGCGCCGCCGCCGACCUGCUCACGCGCCGCCGCCGCACGCCGCCGCCAACCGGCCCCGUCUACAGCGACGAGGAACCGCUGCGGCCGCCGGCCGAGGAGGAGCUGGCCGACGAGAUGGCUUGUGUGGGGGGGCCCUAA